AUGUGGCUGCCGAGCAGCGCCGGAGUGAAUGUCCGACCGAGAGGAUAUCUCGAGAGUGGAAUUCCACGCACGUUAUUCAUCGACCUGCUGGCACUGGUACUGUGCCAUACUGUGAUAGUGGCGGCUGUGAUAGAUAAACGUAGUGCCUUAGAUCUGCGCCGAUUGGAGACGGUGGGCGAUCAUCUCGCCACGGAAGGACGGGCGAGCGAAAACUUUGUGCUGCACGAUAGGAUUUUCCCAACGUUGCACUGUCCCCGCACGAAACGAGCCCUGCGUUCAUCAUCGCUGGACGACGAUGACUGGCAGGAUAAUUCUGAGCGGCAGCUAAACCGCCGAGGACCCCAUCGCGAGCGACUGACCAUCCAGUACGGCAUGCGGGGCGAAACCAUGACGCUCGAUCUGACGCUCAACGAAAACAUGCUCCCGGACGAGUACACCUUUGUGCACCAGUCGCCCGAGGGGAACGACAUUGUGGAACGGCUUGGCCGGCAGGCGGUGGAGCUGUGCCAUUAUGAGGGAACCGUACGGGAGCGGCCCGGUUCGCGUGUUGCCAUAUCGACCUGCAACGGUGCGAUCGAGGGUGUGAUCUACGAGCGCAACGAAACCUACCUCAUCGAGUAUCACAACAGCACGCACCUGCUGUACCGGAGGCGCUUCCGGCGUGACAUCCUGGACGGUGAGCUCGCGCUGGAGGAUGCGGGAAGUGGUGCCGCUAGCAACAAAACAGCCUUUUCCACCGGUUAUCGGGAGGAUGCCGAUUCGCUGUACGUCGAGCUGGUGCUGGUCGUCGAUCGUACGUUGUUUCUGAAGUUCAGCUCGAACGUUCAGCGCGUCCAUCAGCACUGUCUGUCGGUGGUGAACGUGUUGAACGAGCUGUACCGGCCGCUGAACGUGUACAUCCUGCUGGUGGGAGUAGUGCUUUGGAACACGCGGGACAACAUCGUCAUCUCGACCGAUUCGAAGCAAACGCUUACCAGCUUCCUUGCCUACCGAAACCAGCAACUGCUCCGACAGAUCCCGAACGACAAUGCGCAUCUGCUAACGGCGGUGCGCUUCCCGGACGGCGUCAUCGGUAAGGCGGAACUGGGUUCCAUGUGCAGUGCGGCCAGCUCCGGUGGUAUCGCGGUGGUGGAGAACUUUGUCGUAACGCCACUGGCGGCGACGAUCGCGCACGAGCUGGGCCACAACUUCAACAUCGAUCAUGAUACGGAGGAGUGCGGUGGGUCUCGCUGUCCCGGGCCCGGACCCUGCAUCAUGGAGGCGAAGCUGCUCGAUUCGGCCGCUGUACCGAGCCGUUGGAGCAGUUGCAGUGUGGACGAUUUGCACGAGUCUCUCAAGCGUGGGCUAGGCGCUUGCCUGAAGAAUAAACCGACGCGGCUGCUGGUGCGGGCGGUCUGCGGGAAUGGUCUGCUGGAGCCGGGCGAACAGUGUGACUGCGGUCGGCGAGAUAGCUGUGAUAAUAGCUGCUGUGACGCACGGACGUGCCAGCUGCGUGCAAACGCCACCUGUGCUACGGGCACCUGCUGCGAUCUGAACACCUGCCAGCCGAAACAGGCCGGAAGCGUUUGUCGCAAGGCGCGAGGCGAGUGCGAUCUGCCGGAGUUCUGCGAUGGGCAGAGCGAGCUGUGCCCGGCGGAUGUGUUUCUCCGGGAUACGAGUCCGUGCCGGAAGGGGGAAGCGUACUGUUACCGGGGAGAGUGCCAUACACGCGACACGCAAUGUCGACGCCUGUGGGGACCAUCGGCAAGUUCUGGGCUGGAGGUUUGCUACGCGGCCAACGUGAACGGAACCAUCUUCGGGAACUGCGGGAACGAUCUGGCGACGGAUAGGUACGAGCCCUGCGCCGCCCAUGACCAGCGGUGCGGUUUGUUACACUGCACGCAUCAAAGCGAGAAGCUCGAGUACGGUAUAGAGGCGUACGCGAAGCGAACUGCCACCAAGUUCCAACACUACGGGCCUCGCGGCACGGUUCGGACCACAAUCUGCAACGCGGUUAUUGUGGAUCUUGGGCUGGACGUGGUCAAUCCGGGUCUCGUACCCGAUGGUACCAAGUGCGGAACCGGGCAGAUGUGCUUCCAGCAGCAGUGUGUCGCAAUAAGUCGCCUGCAGGAGGAGCAAGACAUUGGUGACGAAUGUCCCGCGAACUGCAACGGGAAUGGAGUUUGCAACAGCGAGGGACACUGCCAUUGCCAUCCGGGCUUUGCGCCACCAUUUUGUGACGGUCCCGGUAGUGGAGGAUCGAUCGAUAGUGGACCGGCGGGACGGUCCUCGAACGUGCACGAUCUAAUUUUGAAGGUCUUUGUGCCUGCCCUGGCCAUUGGGUUUGUCUUGAUAAUGUCCAGCCUGAUCUUGCUAAUUGUCAAACGCUCGCUGGUGAUGGCGAAGCUGCGCGUGGUGUUGAAACGCUUUCGUGAGCGGAAGUACGGUCACAUUGUCGUGCCGCCCGCGUCACCGUCCGCUGCUGUACCGCCACCGAUCACGACCGAGGGGCAAAGAAAAGCUGCUAAUGACAUACGGCGGCCCACGAUACCUCCUCCGCCUCCCAUCCCAGAACCGAAACAAUCGCAGUGCUUCAUUAAAGUGAACCUCGGCAAGGAUGGAAAAGUGACGCUGGAGAAUAUGCUGAUCGAUUCGCCGUUUCUGCACAAACCGAGCGUUGUCGACACGCACGAAGCCUUCCGCAUGCGGCUAAUGCAGGAGCGUUCGUACAGCGUGGAAAGUUCCGCAUCCUCCGAACAUCCGCUCGUGACAGCGGAAACGCAUAAACCGAACCUUGCGAGUGCAACCGAACCGGCAGACGCAGCCCCGCAAGGGAAAGUGUUCGGUUCGGUGCUGCAUGAGCUGAAGCAAACGGAUCGAAUGCACACCUUUCAAAGCCACCGUUCCAAGAGCGAUGAAAGGCCACCGGCCAGACAACUCCCAAAGCUACCGCGCCAGUACACGAUCAGCGACUUUGACACGAUCGAACGGUUGCCGGAUGUGGACGAAGAAGAGCCGCAAUCAUCGUUUACAACGCAGAAACCUUCCACACCCAAACCGAUCGCUAUUCCACGACCAUUACCUCGAGUUGCACCGGGUACGCCGGCACGCUUACUUCCGGCAACACCAUCGAACGGAAGCGGUAGCACUGCUUCCAAGGUAAAAACAGUCAACAGUGGUGAUAAAGCGUCCGGCGUCCAAGUUCCCGGAAAAGUGUCCGCCGGGAGCAAUGUGGCUGCGCUGAAGGCAAGGUUGAAUCUCGCGGAAAUUGGUGCGAAACGAUAG